AUGACUGCUAAGGAUUGCCCAUCAUUGUGGGGCUUUGGAACAACAAAGACAUUUAAAAUUCCUGUCGAGCAUUUGGAUUUCAAGUAUAUUGAAAAAUGUUCAGAUGUGAAACACCUGGAAAAAAUUCUUUGUGUGUUGAGGUCGGGCGAAGAAGGCUACUACCCUGAACUCACGGAAUUUUGUGAGAAGCGCCUCACCGGCUUGGCUCCCAAGAGUCGAGCUCUAAGGAAAGAUAAGCCUGCAGCGACAGCGGCCAGCUUCACAGCCGAGGAAUGGGAAAGGAUUGACAGCGACAUAAAGAGUUGGGUAUCAGAAAUCAAGAGAGAGGAAAAUGCAAGGCACUUCCAUGACCCGGAAGCACAUCCAGGAGUGGAAGAUCAUUUGCCUCCAGUUCGUGGCUCAGACAGCUGCCCUCAUAGUGGCAAGGAAGUAUAUUCUAAAAGAAAGCCAGUCAAGAAGAAAAUCCCGAGGGAUUAUGCAGAGUGGGAUAAAUUUGAUGUGGAAAAAGAAUGUUCAAAAAUUGAUGAAGAUUACAAAGAAAAUACAAUAAUAAACAACAAGGCUCAUUUGUCUAAAAUUGAGACAAAAAUAGACACGGCAGGUCUAACUGAGAAGGAAAAGUGUCUUCUUGCCAAUCGUGAAAGGGAAAAAGGAAACGAGGCUUUCCACGCAGGGGAUUAUGAAGAGGCCGUGAUGUAUUACACCAGGAGCUUAUCAGCCCUUCCCACCGUGUCUGCCUACAACAAUCGCGCACAAGCGGAAAUCAAACUGCAGCGGUGGGGCAGUGCUCUCCACAACUGUGAGAAGGCCUUGGAGCUCGAGCCGGGAAACGUCAAAGCCCUCCUGAGACGUGCUACUACCUACAAACAUCAGAACAAGCUCCAGGAGGCCAGGGAGGACCUGCAAAGGGUGCUGUGUGUGGAGCCUCAUAAUGAUGUGGCCAAGAAAACCUUGGCAGAGGUUGAAAGUGAGCUGAAGAAAGCAGAGCCUGCCUCCGAGCCGCAAACCAAAGGGAAGAGGAUGGUUAUUGAGGAAGUCGAGAACUCAGGAGAUGAAGGUGAAAAGGGAAGCAGAGAUAAAGGUGAAGAAGGCGGUGCGGAUACAGGUGAGGCAUCUUUUCUUUCUGGUUCCGCCAACUGCUCCUACCCUUGCGCCAUGGGCAACAUCCAGAAGAAGCUGAUGGGCAGGAGCGAAGGCGGCAGGCGAUCGCGUCGGGGCCGGACACCGCGGCCCCGAGCCGAGCAGCCAGGAGGCCCGCGGGAGACAGAGACGGCCAGUAGCACCGACGACCCGCACCCCGGGGAGCCCCGAGCUUCCCAGGAUCCCGGUGACCUCAAGAGCCAGGGCAACGAGCUGUUCCGCAGUGGGCAGUUCGCCGAGGCGGCCUCACAGUAUUCGGCGGCGAUAGCGCAGCUGGAAACUGCAGGAAGUGAAAGUGCGGGUGAGCUAAGCAUCUUGUAUUCAAAUCGAGCAGCGUGCUACCUCAAAGAAGGGAACUGCAGCGGCUGCAUCCAGGACUGUAACAGGGCUCUGGAACUCCAUCCAUUCUCAGUGAAGCCUCUUCUUCGACGAGCAACCGCGUAUGAAACUUUAGAGCAAUAUGGGAAAGCUUACGUGGAUUACAAGACAGUGCUGCAGAUCGACCGUGGAAUCCAGCUGGCGAGCAGCAGUGUUAACAGGAUAACAAAGAUCUUAAUGGAGCAAGAUGGACCAAAAUGGCGGGAGAAUCUGCCACCCAUCCCAGUUGUACCCACGUCUGAGCCCCUGCGAAUCUGGCAUCCUGCUGCAGAGACCCCAGACCAGGAGCCACAUCCCAGCAGCUGCCCGCCUGGCAUCACAGAUGAAAAAACGUUUCAAUCCCUUAAGGAAGAAGGAAAUCAACUCGUAAAGGAGAAAAACUAUAAAGAUGCCAUCAGUAAAUACAGCGAAUGCCUAAAAAUCAACAGCAGGGAGUGUGCCAUAUACACAAACAGGGCUCUCUGUUACUUGAAGCUGGGCCGGUUUGAAGAGGCAAAGCUGGACUGUGACCAGGCGCUUCAGAUAGACGGAGGGAAUGAGAAAGCCUGUUACAGACUAGCGCUCGCCCAGAAAGGACUCGAGAACUGCCAGGAAAGCUUUGCUGGCCCCAGUCAAGCCCUUCUACACCCAGACCCAGGCGAGGGAAAGACAGGGCUGCAAGAGGCAACCAGGCGCCCUGAUGCUGAGAAUGGCAACGCGUCUCCCAGCAAAGGAAGGGUGAGGAGGAGGAUCGAAGUUCAAGAGGUAAACGAAAUCAGUGACGAGGAGCCCGAGAGACCUGCAGAGACCUCUGCCGCCUCCCUGCCUGCUGAGGAGGGAGUUGGAGAAGGAGGCUCUGCAGAACACUCCAAAAACCUCGAGGUCUCCAGGCCUAGCAACGCCUAUGAGUUCGGGCAGGUCCUCCACACCAUCUGCACCCAGAAAGACGCAGAGGCCUGUGCACAGCUUUUGGCCGUCACUGCACCCAGAGAUCUGCCAGUGUUGCUAAGUAACAAACUCGAAAGCGACAUGCUCCUCCUCCUCAUUCAGUCUCUGAAGAGUCACCUCGUGGCUAAGGACCCUGUGCUGGUGUAUGAGCAUCUCUUGUACCUGAGCAGGGCUGAGAGGUUUAAGAUGACCCUGACACUAAUUAACCAAGACCAAAAGGAGCAGAUGGCACAGCUGCUUGACAGCCUGUCACAUGCACGGGCCGACCGGUUCACUGCGGAGGACGUGCAGGCCCUAAGAAGGCAGUACGGGCUUUAA